AUGGGAGGAUUACUGAGUUAUUUCAAGGGUUUGUUCGGCAGCAAGGAGAUGCGCAUCCUCAUCCUAGGUUUGGAUGGAGCCGGAAAAACGACGAUACUCUACAGGUUGGUUGGAGAAGUCGUGACGACGAUACCAACGAUCGGAUUCAAUGUGGAGCAGGUGACAUACAAAAACCUCAAGUUUCAGGUUUGGGACUUGGGAGGACAGACGAGCAUACGACCGUAUUGGCGGUGCUAUUAUUCCAAUACGGAUGCAAUUAUCUACGUGGUUGAUUCCGCGGAUAAGGACAGGAUAGGAAUAUCCAAAGGAGAACUCGUGUCCAUGCUCGAGGAGGAGGAGCUGAAGAACGCAAUUCUCGUGGUGCUGGCGAACAAACAAGACAUCGAAGGAGCCCUGAGCGUGGCCGAGGUCCAUUCUGCCCUCGGACUGGACGCGCUCAAGACGCGCACUUUCCAGAUUUUCAAAACAUCCGCGCUCAAGGGCGACGGCCUGAAUCAAGCUAUGGAGUGGUUAGCCAAUGCUUUAACUAACCGCAAGUGA